AUGGCUGACACAUCGGGGAAUGCGCUAAAGCGUCCUCACCCUGAGGACCAGAACGACAACUCCCAGAAAAGGACCCGCUCCAACCAUGGGUCUCCGGCACCAGGUCAAGGAGGCUCUACUCCGGGGAAGCCAGACAUUGCGAAAAUGGUGGCCGAGGCACGGGCAAAGGCAGAUGCUGUCCGCGCUCGUCUACAAGCUGCGCGCGGUGGCGCGACAGCGACACCGACACCACCACCACCCCAACCGGAUUCUGCAAGUCCUACUCCGCCAGCACCCAGUCCCGCGAUGUCGAGAUUAGAACAAAUGAAAGCGCGAGUUGCUGCAGCUACUCAACGAGCCAGUGCGUCCUCUCAACAACGACCCAGUGCGCCCGCAGCCUCCUAUCAGCCUCCGGUCCGCGACGAUGAAGGCAUUGCCAAGGCUCGCGGUGGUCUGGAUGUUGGACUUCAUCCCGCACUUCUCUCGGAUGCUACGCCUGAGUUUCGUGGUGGUAAACAGUUCAAGCCGAAACGCGCUGGUGGGCCACAGCUUGAUCUGUCCGGUCCGUCUGUCGAAGAAAUCAAGAACAACCCCUACUUUGACCCAUCCAUCAAUCCUAAAGCGACGAUUGCGAAGCCCCGGCAAAACCGGCAGCUUAUAUUCAAUCAAAAGGGCAAAUAUAUUCAGCAGGCCGCGGCUCUGCGCAGACAGGCGCAGUUGGAGGCUAUGAAGAAAAGAAUUGCUGAGAAAGCACGACAGGCCGGUCUCGACGAGGACAUGGACGUGGAGAAGGCAUUCCUUGUUCCUGCUCCCCCCGCUCUGGAGUGGUGGGACGAAGGCUUGGUCAAUGGAAGCGACUACGAUGCAAUUGAUGACCCACAAAACAUCAAAAUCGAUACACCUGACACUAUUAUCACACUUUACAUCCAGCAUCCUAUUCAACUUGAACCUCCGCAAGAAAAACAUAUGCCUGCGCAGAAGCCCAUGUUCCUUACUCCCAAGGAACAAGCCAAGAUUCGUCGACAACGCCGCAUGGCGGACCUGAAGGAGCAGCAAGCUAAGAUCAGACUGGGUCUUGUGGAAGCACCGGCUCCAAAGGUCAAGAAAUCCAACCUCAUGCGGGUCUUGGGCGAACAAGCAGUCAAAGACCCCACGGCCGUAGAAGCUCGUGUCACCAGGGAGAUUGCAGAUCGUCGGGAGGCCCACGAGACUGCGAACGAAGAACGCAAAUUGACCAAAGAGCAGCGUCAUGAAAAAUUGGCCGCUCAGCAGGAGAAGGAUGCCGCUUUGGGAAUCUUCCAAUCUGUAUAUCGAAUCGAUAGUUUGGCGAGCGGCCGGAACCGCUUCAAGAUCGGCAAAAACGCAGAGCAAAAUAAACUGACGGGCAUGUGUGUCAUGCAUCCCAGAUUCAAUCUGGUAAUUGUUGAAGGUGGCAAGCAUUCUAUCAACAAUUACCGAAAACUGAUGAUGAACCGCAUCGAUUGGACCGAAAACCCCGGAUCUGAUCGAGUGGCUGCAGACAGCCCCGAAGCUCAAGUGUCUUGGCUGUCCACUGAAGAUGACAAGGGAGAGCCUCGGGAUUUCAGCGAGAACACUUGCAAUCUCCUUUGGGAGGGCCAGGCCAAAGGCCGCUCCUUUAAGAGAUGGUUUGGUGCCCGUAUCUGUGAAACCGACUCUGCGGCAAAAGAGGCCUUGUCCCGUGCGAAGAUGGAGAGCUUCUGGACACUGGCAAAGAGUGCCAAGCCAGCUGAAUACUGA